UGGUUUUACAGCACUAAGCGUCUAGAUACAACAGGUAGCUAGCCAGCAGUACUGGUGUAGCUACUUGACGAAUUGCAAUGAGACAUUAAAAUAUUGCCAAAGAAUUCCUUAUGUCACUUGUCUUGGGCUUAGCUAUCGUUAGCUACCUUGUUAUCCAAAGUGCGUAAACGACGUUACUUGAAGCAAAGCCAAACCGAACAAAACUUCUCGAUAAAACUCAUGAUGUCAAAAUUUAGUUUCAGGAGAAGCGAGAAGAACGAAUUUAAGCACAUAGCUCAUGGUUUGAUCCCUGCCGCCACCAUUGCCCCCAGACCUGCUGUUCCCCGUACCCCUCCCCCACGCAGUCCAUGCCCCUCUCCAGACAGAGACAGAUCCGCCUUGGCAGCAGCCAUCUUGUCUUCCUCGCUGACCGGGCGGACGGUGGCCAUCCCUCCCACGCGAUCCUUUUCUAGAUCCCUCUCCGAGAGCGACUGUUCUCACUUGGAAAACAACAAUAUUUUCCAACCUCCCGCCAGCACUGCUCUCUACACCGAAGACAGAUGGAGAGAGUCUUUGGCUGACAGGCCUCGUUUGCCCUCUCCUGGAUGCUCUGAUGAAGACUAUGACGAAGACGAGGAAGAAGAGGUCCUAGGGAGAGAGGGGCUGUCAGAGGAGGAUCAUGUCUACCAGUCUCUAGACAGGCAGGGGAGGAGUCGAAGCAGAACCACGGACGACGUUUAUGCGAAGCCUUUGAAACAGGGUUUCCAGUCGGAGGGAGCCGAGGAGACGGAUGACUCUCUCGGCAUAGUGUCCCCUCUCCCCCGAGAGGAAAUUGAGGUCCAAAAGGGGGCAUUCAGAACGCCUUCGCCAAAACCGGAGCGGAGGCCUUCAUCUAACAGGGCCAUGCCUACCCCGGAUUUUACGGACGACACAAGUGCUCGGUCUCCCAAAGAGAACCAGGGUUCAUCGACAAAGAAGUCCCAGAAGAAGAGUACAGAUAGCAGGACAGGUGGAAGUUCAGGGCCCCGAGAGGCCUACAGGGAGGUGCUGGACGUGCAGAGGGAGAUGACGCGGGCCCUGACGGAGCAGAACCAGGGCCUGGCGGCAGAGCGCAGGGCCCUGGAGCAGCGCUGCACAGAACAGAGCCUCCAGCUGCAGAGGAGCCACGAGCGGCUGCAGCAGCUGGAGCUCAGCAGGGCCUCCGCUCAGACGGGCCCCACCACAGGUGAGCAAGCAGAACUUCUGAGUCUGAGGCAGCAGGCCCAGGAGCUGGUGGAUGAGAACGACAGCUUGAAGAUGACCGUCCACCGGCUGAAUGUGGAGCUCAGCAGAUACCAGGCCCGCUUCAGACCCCUGGGCAAGGAAGAGAGUUCCAGGGUCGGUGGUCUGCCGACUAAAGGAUCUGCACCCCCAUGGCUGCUGGACAUGAAAUAUUUAUCCCCGUUGAUGCUGGCGUACGAGGACAGGCUGAGUGAAAAAGAUGUACUUCUGCAGUCAGUCGAGGAGGAUUUGGGGAAAUUCCGGCAGAGAGUGGAGGAGGUGGUCCGUGAGAACGAGAGACUUCAUGAAGAACUGACAAAGACCGGGGGGAUCAGCCACAAGGAGUGGAGGCAGCUUCAAGAGCAGGCCAGGCUGGUGCUGCAGGAGAACCAGGUGUUGAUAGAACAGCUGGAGGUGCAGCAUGCCAAGGCCAAGGACAGCCACAGCCGACACCACACUGAGGUAACCAAAGUGUCGAAGCAGCUGAUGUUGCUGGAGGCGGAGAAGCAGAGGCUGGAGGCCGAGCUGGGGGAGGUCCGGGCAGAGCUGCGGAUGCUGCAGGCCCAACACCAGCAGGCUCGCUCCUGCCUGGAGAACGCCGUCAGCUGGGAGGAGCACUGUGCCAUCGCUACCAAACUCAAACGCCAACUGGAGCAGGAGGGGGGCAGGCAGCGGAGCGAAGUGGAGGAGCUGCAGGCGAGGGUGUCCACCCUGCAGGCGGAGAAGAGGAGUCUGGUCCUUGACAAGGCUGGCCUGGCCGCAGACAUCAAGCGCAUGGAGGCAGAAUGGGAGCUCUCCAGGCACGCCAGCAGGAAAGCCCAGAGGAAGAUCGGCGUGUUGAAGCAGCAGAUGGAGGCGUCUCUGGAGAAGGAGCUGACGGCUCACCAGUACCUGGCCAGCAUUGUGACCCUGGCAGAGAAGACCACACUAGAGAGAGACCAGCUCAUGCACAUGGCCUCUGCGCUGGAGCAGGACAAGCAGGGGGUCCUAGCCACGGCCCUGGACGGCACAGUUCGUCUCGGAAAGCUGCACGAACGAGUCAAGGAGCCAGGUGUCUCCAGGGAUAUUCAGCCUGCGCCCCCAUUGAUCGCCCUGUCAGAGGCUGAUGAAACGCCUACCAGGGCCCAUGCUGACAAGCCCAGAGCACAAUUACAUGAAACUCCCUGCCUCGAGGCAGGCCAAACAGAGGCAGGCCCGGUCAGCGAGGCACCACCUGGGUCUCAAUCUCUGUCUCCAUCUCGCCCUUGUGGUUUCAUAUCUGAGCAUCACACGUCAAGCAUCCGUUCAUCAAACCGGCUACUGUGGGCGUCACUACGCUAGCGGCUCAUACGGCCCGGGACUCGAGACUUGGGAAGGAUUGCUUGGAUGUUGGUCUGGUCAGUAACAAAGUUCUCUAGUCCCUAGCUGGUGGUCGGUGUUUGGGCUGUGGCUCAAGGGUCCAGUCGGCAGAGGGAUGCCAAGGUCCAGGGGCUGGUGUUGGGCCCGGUGGAGUGCUGCGAUGGGCCCGGGUGAUUAAUGGGCACCCUCUGGCAGCCAAGGCCGCUUUAAGAGAUGAUAAUGGUGAUCUGUAAAUUAAAUCUGCUGGGCAUUGGAUAAAUGUCAACUGGCGGCUUGCAGCAUUGGCUCUAUUAAUCUACUCUGUGUGUGGGGAGUGGAGGCGUAAAGUGUUUGUGUGCGUGUUAGUGAGUU